UCACAUCGAGCUUGUAGUAUCUAAGUAAACAGGCAGCGAGGAGUAUUUGUUUUUCCAAUCAGUGCUGGUUUGGAAUACCUAAAGUGUUAACUUGUUUGUGGACCGGUCGUGAUGUAAACAAUGAUACAAAACCCCCUGAUGACGAGUUAAGAUCAUAUCGAUUGAUACGUUUGUUUAUUUCAAUCGAUUUGAAUACGAACCAUUACGUAACGCGCUGUUUUUUUCAGUUUUAUUACGCGUGUUGCGAGUUCGUGUGUAUGUGUAUUGGUGAUUUUAAUACAGAGUGCAAUAGUACGGUGCAAUGUUUUCGUAAUUUAAUUUAAAGAGACUCGAUUAUGUUGACCCAAAAACUGUACGCGACCGAAUCGUCAACAAUGGCGACAGCAAAUCCGAUGUCUCCAAUGACGUCUACUUACUCCAUGAACUCGAUGUCGUGCGUUUCAAUGGCCUCGAUGAAUUCGUGCUCUCCGCAAACUCCGGCGUUCGGCACCAGCAUGCUCAAUUCCGGCAUGCCAAUGACGACGAUGUCCAUGAACGGUAAUUGCAUGUCUUCGUCGGCGAUGGGGUACAGCGCCAUUGGAUCACCGAUGAGCAACAUGAACGCGGCCUGCAUGGGAAGCACCAUGUCGUCGAUGAACGGCUACGGAGCGGUUGGCGCUUUAACAGGACGAGGAGAUUUAAGCGGCGGAGAUACUUCCCCGAAUUCGGCGCUACAGCGCGCACGUGCCGAUAAAACAUACCGAAGAAGUUACACACACGCAAAACCACCCUACAGCUACAUAUCGCUAAUAACAAUGGCGAUACAAAACAGUCCCAGCAAGAUGUUAACCCUUUCCGAGAUAUACCAAUUCAUCAUGGACCUAUUUCCGUUCUACCGACAGAAUCAGCAGCGUUGGCAGAAUUCGAUUAGGCAUUCGUUGUCGUUCAACGAUUGUUUCGUUAAAGUCCCGCGAACGCCGGAUAAACCGGGAAAGGGUUCGUUUUGGAGCCUGCACCCGGAUUCGGGGAAUAUGUUCGAAAAUGGCUGUUACCUCAGGCGACAAAAGCGAUUUAAGGACGAGAAAAAAGAGGUGGUACGCCAGCAGCACAAGCCGACGCACGGCACCAGCUUAGAAAAGUCGAAUAGCGGUAAAACGACGCCUUCUCACCACGGUGACGACGGUCACAAAAAUCAUCACCUAGAUAAGACUGUGGAAUCAAAUUUAUCAUCGAUGCUAAGCAUACACCCCGCAAAGCUAGACGUAGAUCAAAUGAAUCUUUUACAUCACAGCGAUUUAGGAAUGCACUCGCAGCAUCACCAACAGAAUAUGUCGCACGAGGAGCUCUCCGCGAUGGUCAACCGAGUGCACCCCAUUUCGUUGAGCAGCGAGGCGAUGCUGCACCACGGCGCGAUGAACCACCUCAAACAAGAACCUUCCGGUUACACUUCGGCCGACCAUCCGUUUUCGAUAACCAGGCUACUUCCAAUGGAAAGUAAAAGUCAGGUGAAGAUGUACGGUGAUACCCAAUACCCUUACAACGGACUCGCGCCUUUGCCCAACUCGAUGCACGCACAUGCAUCCAUAGGAAACGACUACUACAACACCCCCUUAUACCACACCUCAACGGGCACCAGCAGCUUGUGACAGUACCCUCUUGCUUAAGGGGCAAGUAAGAAUUUCAUUUGUAUAUAAAACCUCGUUCCAAUUUUUUUCACUACAUGAGUGUAAAACAUCGAAAACUUUUCCCGCAGUGAGACUCUUUUCAUUUUUACAUCAAAUUUCACCAUACUUACCUAUAUUACAUGUUUGAAAUCUCAAAAAAUCUCUCGAUUUGCCGUAUUUUCGAAUACUUCUCAACUUUAUUUAUCAAUUGCUUGUGUUUUUUUUAAGUGAUCGGAUGGAUUUGUUAAUAUACCU